CCAAUCCGUUGCUUAUCGGACAAGCUGUGAUCUCUUGCUUACUUGACUGCUGACGCGUCCUCCUCGCGCUUGUUCUGGAUCUUUCUUCUGGAGGGUAUAUAAAGCCCUCUCUGAGUAUCUUGGCUGGCGCUAUCUCUGCCACUGUCACCACUAUCAUGGAGUCUCCUGCCAAUCCCCAUCUACUCUCUGCAGGCGCGAAGUGUGCACAUCCUCAUUGCGGGUUGUAUGACUAUCUUCCUUACAAGUGCCAGUAUUGUGAAGAAUCGUUCUGUGCUGACCACUUCCGGCCAUCCGCUCACCAGUGCGAGAAAGAAGUGAACAAUGAUCGUGUAGCACCACCGUGUCCGCUGUGUAAAACCCCUGUCACCAUCCCCAUGGGGGAAGAUCCAAACAUCGCUAUGGAGAGGCACUUUAAUACAGCGUGUGAGGUAAUGGGGAAGAAGAAAAGUGGCUCCCCAAGAUGUGCCAGGGCGCAUUGCGAGAAGGUGCUCCAUGCGCCUAUUCAGUGCGAGGCAUGCAAGAAACAGUUCUGCGCCACUCACCGGCACCCAACCUCACAUAAAUGUGUCGCGUCGCCUUCAUCGGUCUCUCCGUUGCCCAAAGCCCCUCAAAACAGUCCUUCCAAGCUUCGUGCUUUUGCUGCUCGACUCGGUACUCCUGCCGGAUCCUCUCCACGUGGAUCUUCCUCGAGCACGGUAACUCCUGCAAAGCCGGUUGCGCAGUCCCCAAUCAAAGCUCCAACACUCUCUACAGCUUCAAGUGUGACCUCGGGAAAAAUCUUGCCAAGCCCAGCUCAGGGACCUCCCGGAACGUCGUCGGCAUCGACCAGUCGUAAUCUGUUCUCUAAGACCGACCGGUCAGUAGUCACGAAGUCUUCACUGUCCACUGUAUCCGUUCCUGUAAAAUCGACCACUCCAUUCCAUACAUCUCCAUCCACCUCACCCAAGUCCCCUUCCUCUCCGCUGCAGGGGAGGGCAUCGACUACAUCGAUGGAAGCGGUACAGGCAGAUAUUGCGUCCAAGCCUAAACCGCACAUCGAGAUUAGCUCGUUUAUUCCCCGACCGCUGUUCGGUACCGCAUAGACGUGUCUGCAGUUUACACAUUGAUUCCAUCCUUCUAUAUACCCACCUUGCUACAGCGGUCUGACGAAAGAACUUUCCUGUUUUUAUAUUUCCAUUUACCAUCACUUAAUGCCCAAACAUAUGCAAUGAUACCCAAGACGUGCGCGAGCUGAGAUGGAAAGUAAGCGGAAAGCCUUGAAAGAAAGGGCUCGCAAAGGGCUUUUAACUGAGAGCGAGAGGCAGAUGCUCGAGGAAAACGAGUUAUUAGAAAAGGCAUCUAAAAAGGAUGGGAAGGAUUGCAUUAUCAUGUGAAAAGCAGGGGUUUUUCUACUACCUAGUGCGGAAUCUUGAUACGACGAUGCGAAGAGCACUGUCAUAAAUACCAAAAUGCAAUGUUAAUUAGAUGCAGAUGCGGGUAGCG